GGUUCGUGUGAAUGUCUAAACGCCUUCUGGAUGCUUAUUAGUCCCGUACUGCACUACACGGCGUGAAAACAGCAUUUACCAGGUGUAGUGCCCUCAAUGUAGGGAGAAAGGAGGCGUUUGGGAUUGAGCCAGUAUGUGACGUUCCAGCACCUGACUGAAGCGACUGAAAAAGUGAAAGUCAGCAGUUUAAAAAUGCGGAAAAAGGAUUAACAUCUUCGGUGUGACUUGCAUCCUGGAAUGUUUAGGAGAGUGGUGGUGCUAAAUGGUGCUGCAGUUUGGAAAUCAGCACUAAUUCCCACCCACUGGCAGGACAAGACAAAUAUGUCGCGGCAGUUACAUGCACGAAGGCUUGAGAAAGUGGAAGAGAAUGUGUGGCUGGAAUUUACGAAGCUAGCUGCUGAGUAUAAGGUAGUGAACUUGGGUCAGGGGUUUCCUGACUUUUCUCCUCCCUGUUUUCUGUUGGAGUCUCUCUGCAAUGCUAUCAAAGGAGGACCCUCCAUGCACCAGUACACACGUGCCUUUGGCCAUCCACGCCUUGUCAAGAUCCUCGCCAAAUUCUUUGGGAGGAUUUUGGCGCGUGAAAUAGACCCCAUGCAGGAAAUCCUGGUUUCUGUGGGAGCCUAUGGAGCCCUUUUCUGUGCCUUUCAGGCUCUGGUUGAUGAGGGUGAUGAAGUGAUCAUUGUGGAGCCUUUCUUUGACUGCUAUGAAUCCAUGGCGUUAAUGGCAGGAGGAAAACCUGUCUACGUCUCCCUGAAGCCUCGAAAGGUCACUGGUCCAACUUUGUCCAGUGCUGAUUGGGUGUUGUGUCCUGAAGAGCUGGCCAGUAAAUUUAACUCUCGUACAAAGGCUAUCGUCAUCAACAAUCCCAAUAAUCCAUUAGGCAAGGUCUUUCAGAGGGAAGAGUUGCAGAUGAUAGCUGACCUGUGUAUAAAGCAUGAUGUUAUUUGCUUCAGUGAUGAGGUGUAUGAGUGGCUAACAUAUGAUGGAGCAAAACAUAUUAAAACAGCAAGUCUUCCGGGCAUGUGGGAGCGUACCAUCAGUGUUGGCAGUGCAGGCAAGAGCUUCAGUGCUACAGGAUGGAAGGUGGGCUGGGCAAUAGGGCCGGGACACCUACUGAAACACCUGCAAAAUGUCCAUCAGAACUCCUUAUAUCACUGUCCCACUCUCAAUCAGGAGGCUGUUGCUGUGGCUUUUGAAAGGGAGUCUGAAUUGUUUGGCACAGACGAAAGCUACUUCAAACAGCUACCCACACAGCUCCAGGUCAAACGGCUCAAGCUAGCUGAGAGUCUGAGGAGCGUAGGGCUACAGCCCUUCCUGCCCGAGGGUGGCUACUUCAUGAUCACAGACAUUUCCUCCCUGAAGGUUGACCUGAAUGACCCAAGCUCCAAGAACGAACCCUACGACUACAGAUUUGUCAAGUGGCUUAUUAAAGAGAAGCGUUUGGGUACUAUCCCUGUAUCUGCAUUUUACAGCCAAGAAAGCAGAGCAGAUUUUCAGAACUACAUUAGAUUCUGCUUUGUCAAGGAUGACUCCACCCUCAAAGCUGCUGAAGAUAUUCUGAGACAAUGGAAAGACCAAAAAUAGAUGGAAUAAUAUGAUCAUCUCCAAAAUGAGCUUUGCAAGUCAAAUUGCUCACAUAUACCAGUAUAGAAGAAUCUUGUUUUAUUUUAACUGUGUAUAAAUUAAACAGAGUUGUUUAAAAUCA